GCAGCACCCAGCCAGUCAGUCCGUAAAGCGAAACCACUGGCGAGACUUUUGAGACAGCAGCACAGGACCAGGGGGACAAAACGAGCCGGUAAUGUGGAGUCGGCAGCCGAAGGACAGCGACAACUGAGCCCGAGGACCGUGAAAGGAAACAACCGAGCCCGAGGAGCUGUCAUUUUUAACUUAACGUCUCCGCCGGCUCUGCUCUUCAGUCACAGACUCCAGACGCUCGCGCUCUGGCUGGCUGGCAGGUUAGCUAACCCCCGCUAGCUACUCGGCUAACACCCGCCGCUCCUCGCACCUUUUCUGCCCGGGACAAACCGCACCUGUCCCGGCUGUCAGUCACACAGUCUCCUCUUGUGAGCUCAAAACAAUGUGCUGCUUAUUUCUGACUGACUUUUCGCGCCCGAGGGGGGGUUUACCAAACACUUUGCCAAGCGACCAGUGAUAGCUAACUAAAACAGUCCAAGCUAACAAGUUGACGUGGAGGAGGAACUCAAGAUUUUUUUUUAUUUUUUUUUUUGGGAUCGAGAUUCUUGUUGAUGUUCUCCAAGCUGUGAUUUCAUACGGAUUACUUUUUGCUGUCGCCUGACCCCCGAGGAGGUCCCUCACAAAGCAAAUCGCCCAGGUUACAAACCAGCCAAGUUAGCUAUGUUUAUUUGUGGCCAGAAAGUAAUUUCCAGUGUUUACAAAUUCCACAGUGGGACUCUUUCCUGGUUCGAGUACUGCAACGGAAACAUUAGCUAACACACACUAGCUCAGAUUAGUGUCGUCGUGUUGUGUUUACUAGAUAGGUAGAUAGUCGGAAUAAACUGUUGCCAAACAAUUUAACUAGACUACAAAUCAGCUGUUGAUUGUGGUUCCCAUUGUUAAGCCAAUCUUGUACCUGCAGUUUUUUUGCCACCAGUGAUCUGACAUUGCUGCAGACUGCACAGGUUUUGUACGCACCUGAAACACACAUACACACACAAAGAAAACACAACAGUGGGUGUCUGAUCGCAACCCUUUACCUCCACUUGACAGUGAAGUCACGUUGAGUUGUGUCCCGCAGGGAGUUGAUCCAUUGAUCGGAUCGUUAUUGUGCUAUUUUAGCUGAUUGAGAUAAAAAAAAAAGAAAAGAAAAGAAAAGCAGCAGAUAGAGAUAGAAGCGAUGUCGGGCCAAUCUAUCACGGAUCGGAUCGCAGCAGCUCAGCACAGCAUGACCGGGUCGGCUAUCAGCAAGGCUGUGUGCAAAGCCACCACGCAUGAAGUCAGCGGACCCAAGAAGAAACACCUUGACUAUCUGAUCCACUGCACCAAUGAGAUGAACGUGAACAUUCCCCAGCUGGCGGACACGCUGUUUGAGCGUACGGCCAACUCCAGCUGGGUGGUGGUCUUCAAAGCCCUCAUCACCACCCACCACCUCAUGAUGUACGGCAACGAGCGUUUCAUCCAGUACCUGGCCUCCAGAAACACUCUGUUUAACCUGAACAACUUCCUGGAUAAGGGAGCUCUGCAAGGUUACGACAUGUCAACCUUCAUCAGACGAUACAGCCGUUACCUGAACGAGAAGGCCAUGUCCUACAGACUGGUGGCUGUGGAUUUCACCAAGAUGAAGAGGGGGAUUGACGGUGUGAUGCGUACCAUGAACACAGAGAAGCUGAUCAAGACGCUGCCCAUCAUUCAGAACCAGCUGGAUGCUCUCCUGGAUUUCCAGGCCAACCCUAAUGAGCUGACCAACGGAGUGAUCAACUCAGCCUUCAUGCUGCUCUUCAAAGACUCCAUAAGGCUGUUUGCUGCUUACAAUGAAGGGGUCAUCAACCUACUGGAGAAAUACUUUGACAUGAAGAAGAACCAGUGCAAAGAUGCUCUGGACAUCUACAAGAAAUUUCUUUACAGGAUGACGAAGCUGUCGGAGUUCCUCAAAGUGGCCGAGCAAGUUGGAAUAGAUCAGGGUGACAUCCCAGAUCUCUCGCAGGCCCCCAGCAGCCUCCUGGAGGCUUUGGAGCAGCACCUGGCCUCUCUGGAGGGCAAGAAGACCAAGGAACUGAAUGCAGACACCAGAGCGUCCACCUUGUCCAGCGCCGUCUCAUCUCUCUCCUCCACUGGCAUGUCCUUCAGCCGCAUGGAUGAGAAGGAGAAGCAGCAGGCCCUGGAGGAGGAGCAGGCCAGACUGCAGGCUCUUAAGGACCAGCGCCUGAAGGAGAUCGGUAUGCAGACUCCACCCUCUGCCUCCCCCAACAGCCAGUCGAUAGGCAGUGCCAACAACAACCACAUCACACAAACCCCAGAGUUGUUCACUUCCGCGCUGUCCACCAACAGUGUGCCCAAUCUGAACAGUGACCUGUUUGAUCUUCAGCCGGCCUUCAUCCCCGCUGUGCAGAGCACUCCUUCAAUCUCCACCGCCAACAGUGCCUGGGGAGGAUUGGAGAGCCAGCCUCUGCAGCAGACCACCGCAGCCAUGGCUGUAGAUUUCGAUGCUGUGUUUGGGAAUAAUUCCACGCCCAGUAACAACGGUCCACAACCUGCAGCCGGUUUUGAUGCUCUAGGAGACCUGUUGAAGCCUACGAUGCCCACACACACUGCACCUCUUCCUCCUCCUCAAAUGGCCAUCCAUCAUGGAGGAAAGCUGCUAGCCAACGACCUCGACUCCUCUCUGGCCAACCUCGUGGGCAAUCUGCAGUUUGGUGGGACCCCAGCCAAGAAGCCAGAGAUGCAGUGGAACCAGCCUGGAGAGAAGAAGCUGACGGGAGGCCAGAACUGGCAGAAUAAGACCAUGUCGACCACACAGUGGGGCCCCGCGCCCAUGGCCCCACAGCCCAUGCCUGUACAACACGUGGCUCCAGCUCCCAUGGCUUUUCCCAUGACCACACCGCAAGUGCCUGUGUAUGGAAUGGUCCCUCCCCAGAUGGGUCAGAUGGGCGGGGUACCAGUGAUGGCUCCUCAGCCAAUGAUGUACAACCAGCCUGUUCUCAGACCCACCAAUCCCUUCGCACCCAUGCCCGGAGCCCAGAUGCAGUUUAUGUAAUCCAGUCAGGGGGGUAAGCAGAGUGCCAAAAGCGACAAACAAACAAACAGCAGAAGAAAACACACAAGAGGAACGAUCAGAGGGACGGAGGAACGAUUUGAUCAUGCUAAAACGACUAAGAGACAGACAGACGACAAGAUAACCAACCAACACCAAAAAACGAGUUGGAAAGAGGAGAGGAUGACCGAACGGAGGAUGGAGGGAUGUGGUGGAGGAGACGGUUGUUGUCUGAAACAACUUGCGAGUGUGUGUAUGUGCGUGUCUGUAGCUUCUUUCUGUUCUACUGUCUUAUUUGUCUUUUAAAUCGAUGGAGUGAUGCUUCAGGAGAGGGAAUACGGAUGAGAGAGGACGCUGUGAAGAAAGACGGAGGAGGAGAAAAGAGGGGAUUGAGGAAACCCUACCUCUGGUUUUCAGUCAAACCCAUCUGACUGCUGUGAGAGUCUCUGCUGCAGAAUUAGCUUUAUUUCAUACUGGUGCUAUUUUGUCCUCUCUUGGUUACCGUCCGCCUGCAACGGCAACUUGGGAGCACUUAGGAGGGGACAAGUGUUUGUUUAGUGUGCGUGGACGAAUGUGUACUUGUGCAGCAGUUGUUUCAGACAAUACCUUUACAACCGACCUCAUCUUCAUCCCCUGCGUUCGCCGUCUGCGUGCACAACUGUCCAAUCAGCGAGAGAUUUGGAGGCGAAUCUUCUCAAGUGUGUUUCCCAUAAUUUUACGCUCUCUGUUGGGGCUAUCUUUGUAUUUUUCAAUCUGUUUUCUUCUGCAGCCUCUCCUGAAUGUUACCGGGGCUUGUACAGCGAUUUGUUGAACCAUUUGUUAAUAGUAGUUGAGCGUUUGUUGCUAUGGGUUUUUAAGCUUAAGUCUUUGUUACUCAUACUGCAUUGUUUUCUUCUCUUAAAAGCGACAGAUACACACAGAGAGAUGGGGAUUAGCGGUGCAGUAAUACGCUGGCACAAUACAGACGUCUAAAUUGUCUGUGAACCAAAAAUCUUAAAGCCUGGUCACACGAGAAAGUUGUACAGGGAAAUAUGUGGAAGUGGUACUCGCAGGACUAAUUGGUGAACUACUAGAGCUAGCAAGCUAACUGCUAACACUCUAAACAGCCAGGGAAAUGCUAAUGCUAGUCAGUUCUUUGUCUGCAUCGUUGUUUAGCUUUGUCCCCUGGCAUUUAUCUUGAGAUCAUUUGAUUAAAUAAAGUGUUAUAAAAGAGAGGGGUAAAGCUAAUCUAAGCUAGCUAGCUAGCUCAAACUGUCAGUUAACAAAUUUGAGGGGAAAAAGCAGGCCCUCAGAAAAGCCGCUCAGCCUUGCAGCAAAUUUGGUCACUUAGAGUAUUGCAGGGAAAAAUCCCCUGUGGCGCAAAAAGCCUUUUCCCCAUAGACUACCAUUAUAAAAGAGAUGUAUGUAAAACUGUCGACAGGACACCUUCAACCAGCUUCGUUAGCUUGGUUGCUAAUGUGACACUACGUUCACACAGGUCAUUAAAAAAUGUUCCCAAGGAGGUCAAAUGAAACUGGAUAGUGAAACUAAGCUAAUGAGCUACGAUAGCCUCCUUCAUUUUAGUCUAUCCGUUCCCCCAAAAAGACUUGUAGCCUCCCCUCUUUUCCUCACUCCUGCGCUAGCUUGGCUUGGUUUGGUUUAGCCUGUCAGCCCAGUGCGGCAGGGAUUUGCGUCUCCAUUACAACAGGGCUACCUGCUUGAAGGUGUGUCUUCAACUGUUGACGGCUUGUCUUGAGUGAUGACGUUUAAAAGUAGAAGGCUGAUCCACGGCUGAAGUUCCUCGUUGUUUAGUUCCAAGUGUUUUUCCAUCACAUAGCAGGGCAGGUAAAAGAAGUUUACCUGUUGGAGGUGAGCUGUUUGCAGAGGUGCAGUAAGAGCCUGUUGUCUGCAGCUCUUCAUUAACAUCUCACUGUGGCUGUUUCUGCUUUCACUCUUCCUCCAUGCGGUAUUUGGACUUGUUUUAUUGAAGAAAACCCCCUAACAAAGUUCCGGUAAUUUGCUUAACACAUUUUAGAUUGUUCACAAGCGAAGUCCCCCGUAUUUUGUUAUGUAAAAGCUUUGAUUUUGAAGCAGCAAAGUAAGGAAAUGUUGAGUUUUCAUCAGCAGUAACUUAACAUGACUCGUAUGGCUGAUAGCGAACAUGAAACAGUAAAAUAAAGCAUAUAUCUAAAGUAAAAACAGGACACAGGAGAGAAACUAAACUCCAAACCACAGAGUUUCAGUUAGAAGCUACAAAAGUACUGAGAGCUGAACACACAGAGACUUUUAAAGAUGGCUUCCUCACUGGUCUCCUGCAGACAGAGGUGAGUCGAGUCUUGUAAUACACACAUCGUCGUCAGGGGUUGGCUACACUUGGCGAGACGUCAUUGCUACCUGCAUGGUGCCGGUCAGGUGGGCUUUUGGCCCUACACCAGAGAUGGUCCAUCACUGGUGUGGCUCAGCAAAGACAAAUCGCUGCAGUGUGGUUUGACUCAUGACGGCCCAAACUGGUAAUGGAAAAAGGGUAUUUCUCUUUGGUUAACGGCAACAAUUUGUUGGUUAAGUUUCACAAAAGUACUUCACCCUUGCUGUCGAUCCACUGAUUCUGGCUGUUACACUGAAGUUAGCUCAUUUCACCAUUUUAAAGUGCUGGUGUGACCAGGCCUUGAGCCAAACAUAAUCUUCAACAUUAAUCUUGACACAUUUUGGAAAUCAUUACUCUCAGUAGAGAGUAGAGUAGAGGAAAUCUGUAUUUUUGUUACGCUAACACAACUGCGGUGUUUAUUAGCAUCAUUAGCCGCCUGUUAGCACCUGAUUGAUCUGUGUGUAUCUGUUCCUCUUGUCUUUAUCAGCUUACCCAUCCAGAUUCAGACGUCAGAGGUUUCUAAAAUAAGAGCUUUUUUAUGAGGUGCACCCUAUUGGCAGAUCCACAGUAUGUGCCGGUGAUUGAUGACAGCAGCACUGAGUGAGUGAUUAAACGUUACUGAAUUAAGUUGAAUUCACUUUAAAUUGCACUGAAUCAAAGCGAGCGGCUUUAAGUGCGACUCCGUCUGCACCGAGAGCCAAAACGACACUGGACGUUUGGCAUCACCCUCGCUCCGUGACUCCAGGAAAUUUUGGGGGAUCAAAUUUGACUCAUGUAAGAGGUCAUUCCUCAGCCAAAGCAUCCGUCACCAUGAGUUUGACUGUUGGUAUAAGUGUGCAUUAUGCAUCUUCAGUGUGUUCACGUGUGUGCUUACACAUUUUCUGUGUAUGUUUUUCCAUUGAGGGCUAUUUCUGAGGGUCAAAUAGUGUCAAAUUUCGAGCCAAAUUUGAGCCAGUGAGUUUGACAAGAAAUGUGCUUUUUUUUUUUUUUUGGUUUUGUUUUU